AUGAGUUUAGUUGACUAUGGCUUCUAUUCAGAUGAGGAGGAGGAGGAGACUUUGGAGGGACGUGAUGGCCCGACAGGGCUGGAGGAAGCGAAUGAAUCGGGCGUCCCUGCUGGGAUUGUAGGAGAUGAUGGCGGUGUGACUCCGCCUCCGGGCGCAGCAUCCCGAAGCGUGUCGUCACGUGUCGCUCCAAGAGGAGUGCCUGAUGAUUCCGGGACUCAGAUCGACUAUGAGGACAUGGAAGAAGAUGGACCCUCCGUUGAGAGGGCUUCUGAUCCCACAGAGGAUUCGGAUGCAGGAGCUCUAGCAAAGGGGGACAGCCACAGGCUGCGCGUUCGCACGGCAUUAAGUGCUUCUGGGGACCUCCACACAGACUGCCAUCCCGUGGAUGGGAGCGUGGCAGACGUGAGCGACGACGAAGCUCCGCAACAGAAUACUUCAGGAGCGCGACGAGCGCACGACAGACAAAUAUUCAGUGGUCGGCCUCCCACUGAAGGCCAUGUCAGUUUGAUGCCUCAGGCACCCGCAGGAGAUGUUCCCCAGGAGCUUCUGCGAACGGUGGAGCGCCUUCAGCAGCUGAAGCGGCGAGGCAUCACGGUUAAUGGGAACAUUGCAGCUUCCCUCGACUUCAAAAAUCCGUAUCUGUUAGAGAAAAUUAUGAAGGUAUUCGACAUUGACCCCUACUGCUCGAAUUACCCUGCGUCGGUGUUCGAUCCCGCGCGCGUAACUCCGUGGGAGCCGGAAGGCGGCGUCUCCUUUGCAGUUCACCUAAUGCGGCGCUUCGAGAGUCGCCGGCAGCUGACGAGACGGACAGACUCUCACGCGGGAAGGGAAACAGAGCGGGCGACUCCGCCUCUCCCCGUCAGUGUACCGUCUGUUCCCUUGGCGGUUGGCGCGGCCGCGUCCACUGCAAGUGCAUCGAACGUGGUCCCUUUGCCUGCCACGACAUCGGAGUUUAUCCUCGGCGCGACCAACGGGAGCACCCGGCGGAGCCACAGUCGGUCUGGGCUAGAGCGAAUCAGCCCUCCAGCGUCGCGUCAGGCGGAUCAGACGGUUCCCCAGUCAGGCAGCGCCGCUGCAAGCUCGGCGAUGGCAGCGGCUGCGCAACUGUCGGCUGUCAUCCAGCAGGCAGCGUUGAAGGCUGCGGCCGCUCAAGCGGGGGCUGUCGCGUCCUCUCUCCAGCAGCAGUUACAGCAGCGACUGUUGAGCGGUCAGACCGGCUUCGUUCAUCAGAAACCUCUUCUCGAGACCCAGUCGGCGGCAGCUGCGGCUGCGAUCGCUGCUCGUAACCACGUGGGAGGACAGCUGAAUGGACCUGGUAUGAACAUCAACUUCAGUCAGCAACGGUCUGUGUUUGUGCCGUCUCCGUCUGGGGCUGCCGGACACGGUUCAGAGCCGGGAUGGACGGGGCGCGCCGGGAAUGAAGGAGACGCAAAUGCCAAGAAGCGGUCCCGCGACGGCAUGGGGACGACAGCUUCUAAGCCUCACCCGACGUCUUAG